CGCCAUCCUACAGGAAGCGCCUCCGUUCUGGAGUGUGAGAUCAGCCUGGCUGCACGCUGUAGUAGACGUUCAUCGCGGAGUCAGUCCCCGAGGCGAAACUGUCGAUGCGGAGCCAGACACAAGGCGAAUUUGUCCAUCCUAAGGCAGAAAUGCCGCCCUUCAGAGGAGGAGAGUCGUGUUCUCGAGACAAAGCUGGUACGCGGAGUUGGACUGGACCAUUGGAUAUACGAGACCGCUGGACUGGCGCGCCGGGGGAUUGGGAUUUGGCAGGUAAUUUCGUUGGGCGGAGUCCUGGCGCUCACUCGUCGCUAACAGCGUCCGGGCACGGUAAUUGGCGUCGCCCUGCCUCCGCAUGGCAGUUGACGUCGCUCAGACGGGCUCAUUGCCCUUGCCCUAGCGCGAUGAUCAAAAUGGCCCGGGCGAGGGCAGUCGAUAUCGCAAUGAGGGAGUACUCGAGGGCGUCUCGCGGAGCCACUCGGUUGAAAUUCGCGGGAGACGAUGAGUCCCCGACGUGCGCGGCGUGGCUCCGUCGUCAGGCGCAGCCAUCGUACUCGUAUGGAGACGCGGUCGGAGCGUAGCAGGCCGCGGGGUCGCCUAUCCGUAUCGAUACGCAGCCAUCGUCAGGCGUAGUAGGGUCGCACUCAUCGCAGGGCCGAGGGCAGGCAGAUUGCGCUGACGUCGAGUGCUAGCGUUUCAAUAAUCCGCGCCACGCUGUGGGCACGCUGUUGGCUAGGGACGAGCACGCUGUGGGUAAUCUUGAGGCAUGAAGCUGCCUAGUCCCACCGUCAAAGGCUAAU